UCACUGAAGGCUUUUAAUAAAGUCGGCAAUGGUGGACAGGGAAUGUGAUUGAGAAGGUUGUUGUGCGUUUUAAUCAUAAAACCACACGUUUGUCUGUAAAUUAGAUUUCUGUCGGCGCAGCCUAUUUUAACAGCGAGCUGUGAUGGCGUCCAUGUUAACACACAGUACAGUGCAACCACAGGUUGUUGCAGCACUCUCUCAGCUGUCCUCUCUAUUCAGUGGAGUACGAACACUUCACACGUCUGUGAGAAGUCGUCACCAGAAAAAAGAGAGGGACAUAUCUUCAGCUUGUGCAGUUUCUCAAGUCACCAAACCACCAGCAUUCCCAACUUCAGAGGUGAAAGGUGUGCCCAGUACUGUGGAGCUGGUGGACCUGCCGCGGGAUGUGGACAGUGCGGUCCUUAGUCCACUCCUGGCCCUGGUCAAGCAGCAGGAAGCACCCCACAGUCACUGGCAUGAGUCCCAUGUGUCAGCGCAGACCUUUUUCGAAAACAAAACAGGGUUCCCUGAAGGACAUUUACAGUCGACUGUACCGACCUUCCUCCAGAUCAUGGGCGACAAGGGUUUCCAGAGUUUUCUGAGAGGAGGGUUUGCACCAUGUGUGCAGCAGACACGAGGUUUCAAGACGAAGCGAUCACAAUCGGUGUUGGGGCUAGGCAGGGACAAGAAAAUGUCUUUCCUAGAUGAACUUCGACAUUCAGUGCAAUCCAAGCUGUUCCCUGACAACUACAAGAAGGAGAUAGGAAAGUUCCAGAAGAUCGUCACAGCUCAUGAGAGUAAUCCCGAGUUUCAGGACAGACUGAAGGUGGCUUUUGCUGAAGGCUACCACGCCAACUCCAAGCAAGAAAGCCAUGACACUAAGAACACCGUGCUGAACCGAACACUGCGCUUCCUCUUCUACAUGUGCAUGUUGUGGCUGCUCGUGCAGGUCGUACAGGUCUUCACUGCCGUGGGAGGAAGUCAAUCAGCUGGAGUGCGUGGUCUCGGCGUUCUGACGAAGGAUCAGUUUGAGGUCAACCCUGAGGAUGUCAACGUAACCUUUGAUGAUGUCAAAGGGGCAGAUGAGGCUAAGAUGGAGCUGAUGGACGUGGUGGAUUACCUCAAGGACCCAGAGAAGUACCAGUCUCUGGGGGCCAGGUUACCCAAAGGUGUUCUGUUGGUGGGACAACCGGGCAUUGGCAAGACGCUGUUGGCCAGAGCUGUAGCAGGGGAAGCCGGCGUGCCGUUCUACCAUGCUUCUGGUUCCGAGUUUGACGAGAUAUUUGUUGGGACUGGAGCCAAGAGAAUCCGACAGCUCUUCUCUGCUGCCAAGAUGAGGACCCCCUGUGUCAUAUUCCUGGAUGAAAUAGAUUCUGUGGGAGCCAGUCGAACCAACUCCCAGAUUCACCCGUACGCCAACCAGACCAUCAACCAGCUCCUGGCAGAGAUGGAUGGAUUUAAUCAGAAUGAAGGUGUUAUUGUACUUGGAGCAACCAACAGGAGAAAUAACCUUGACAGUGCUCUGCUGCGUCCUGGUCGGUUUGACGUGGAGGUGACCGUGUACCCCCCGAGUCUGAAGGGCAGGAAGGAGAUCCUGGAGUACUACAUCGGCAAGGUCAAGGCCGACUCCAAGAUGGACUUUGACCUGCUGGCCCAGAAGACCGUGGGCUUCACAGGAGCAGAUCUCCAGAACAUGGUGAACCAGGCCGCACUGCAGGCUGCCCGGGACGGCGCCUCCCUCAUCAACAUGUCGCACAUGGACUACGCCAGGGACAAGGUUGUCAUGGGUCCUGCUAAGAAGUCUCUGGUUCAAGACGAUAAUGCCAAGUGGAAGACGGCGUUCCACGAGGCCGGGCACACGCUGGUCGCUCACUUCACUAAGGAUGCACCUAUCCCUAACAAAGUCACCAUCCUUCCCCGAGGAAGUUCACUUGGACAUACGGCGAUGUCGUAUGAGAAGGAGCUGUUCAACAUGUCGCGGUCCCAGCUGCUGGCUCGGAUGGAUGUCUCCAUGGGGGGUCGGGCUGCAGAGGAGGUCAUCUACGGCAUGGAUAAAGUUGAAACAGGUGCCAAGGAUGACUUCUCACAAGCCACAACAAUAGCAAGUGCAAUGGUCAAGGAAUACGGAAUGUCAGAAAAGGUUGGAACGCGAGUGUUUAAAGACAACAAUGUGGUGAGCGGUGGUGUGUCCAAGAUAAACAGUCUGAGCCCCGCUGUACAGGAGCAGAUUGAUGGGGAAAUCAAGAGACUACUACAGGAGUCGUAUGACCGCGCUAAACAGAUCCUUCACAAGCACCAAGCAGAGCAUAAGGCCCUGGCACAAGCUUUGAUUAAACUAGAAACCCUGGACAAAGAACAAAUAGUGGCAGUCAUUGAAGGGAAGCCAGUCAGCAACCAGUCGUGAUAAUGUGUUCAGUAGGGAUGGACGUGGAUUGCGUGAUGUGAUCGUCAGUGAGAGUUGUCUCCCUUGUCAGUUGUCACAGCGGAGGCCAACCGACCAAGAUGUUGACUACAGGAACAAGAGACAUGACACAAAUGAUAUUUUGGGGGAGAUGGUGUAAGCCAAUCAAUCUGUACAGAACACUGCGUGUAAUGACUGAGUUGCAUCAUUUCUUUUGUCUGUACCUAUUGUGUUAUAGGACUUGCAGUGGGGAAUUUCAGAAAUGAUUCUGUAUCCUUGCAUUUUCUUAUUGAUAGUUUUGUGUAUAAUUAUUGAUACCAACUUUUUAUUAAUGUAGAGAUAAAUGAAAUCAUGUACUAUAUACUAGGGGUGAAACGAUACGUUGGUGUACCGGUGCAUCGUGAGUUUUCAUGUGACGAUACGAUACACAUACUGUUUUUUCUGUAUCAAUACAAGACGAUUCACUUGCUAAAAUAAAUUACUUACUAUUUGCUUAAUGACCCCCACCCCAGCGCUUAUGUCUGUUGAAUAUUGCAAACUCUGUUGUAAUUAGUUUUCAACUUCACUAAUAAUAUUAGCUGCUAUGAACAUGUCACAGCUAGCAGUUCCUUUGGAACCAGCUCUGAAAUAUUCAUAGUCAAGAAGUUUUCCACAUGAUUUGACGUAAAUAUGCGUAUCGUGAUACAUAUCGUAUCAUGACCUUGCUGUAUCGUCUCACCCCUACUGAAUAUUGUGGUAUCGCCAGGGCUCCAUCUCAAAAUAACUUUCCUUCACUGUAUGUCUGUGUGUACCUUAUACAGUGUGUCCAUACUCUUUUUCACUGGGUACAUAGUAAAUGCAAGGCAAGGACCUCAUCUUAACAUUGUCCAAACAGUCUGGAUUGAUGGAAUGUCAAACGGGUGAAUCAUUGCAUAAAUUAUUGAAAAAUUGGAAAUUGAAGGUCAAAUUGUUGGUGGUAGUGUUUUUGUUUUCUUUUUUAGACAGAUUCGCACACUUUUUUAGAAUGAGAUUUUAUGUAUGAGUUCAGUUCUUAUGUCUUCUGUUUUUCUGUAACAUACUGUACAUGCUAUAUGUAUUACAAGUGUCACCUCAGAAAUGAGGGUUUGUGCUUCAUCCUUCACAUGGUUGACUUGAUGAAGUGGUCAUGAUCAUGCCUUUGUAGACACAUACCGACAGUGAAUGAGUAGUCGUGGUUUUAAGAACACAGUCAGUCCAUUACAGACAUUGGAUUUAGUGGACGACGACCUUGUAAUCAGUGUGUGACCUUGAGGUAUUGAUGCGAACUAUGAGAGGCCACACAAAGGAGAAGUGGAACAGUUUCUUUGAAAGGCAUUUAGAAGUUGGGUUACUAAGUAAGGAUAACAUAUAAGGAUGAACAACUUCUCAGGAGCAAUGUUUCGGUGUAGGUUACCCCUUCAUCAAGCAAGUUAAAAUAACGUGCUUGAUAACAGUGUUAGAACCUACACUGAAACAUUGCUCCUAAUGGUAAUAAAGAAGUUGUUCAUCCACAUAUCCUUACUAAGUGGAACAGUUGCAGUGAUGGAUAUCAUUUGAAGAGAAAGAGAGACUAGUUCUACACCACUGAAGGAUUGCCAUCUACAUAGAUACUUGUGUGUGUAUAUUUCCCCCGGACUGGGCAGAGUGAGUGAGGGGCAUGUGACCCAACUGGUUCCAUGUGCAUGUGGGAACAGACUGUUUUAAAGAAAAACCCUGUUUAAACAGAGAACUUGUUUUCAACGACUAUUUACCUUUUCAAUAAACGUAGAAUGUCAUGAUUGAAAACAGGACUGGCCCCUACCGGAGAUAACAAUCUACUUUAAGGCAAACGGUUCCCCUUGGGAGCCCCAGCAACCUAUACGGUUGUAAGAGGCAAUUUACUAGACAGUCUUCUUGAAUGUGUGGAUCAUUACCCACCAUAUCACACUCUGUAUUGUCUGAUCUAGACUCGAUUUCAUGCAGGUCGCUGUAAAGAAGCUGGAAUAUAACUGAAUGCAGCAUUCAACAUAAAACGAAGCAAGCAGUUUGCAUAUUUCAGACAGCAAUGCACAUUUCAGACAGCAAUGCAAAGGGUGUUCCAUGGGAACAACACAUCACUGUCUGCAUGGUCUGUGGAAUUCAUACAGGUCAUGAACCCUGGAAAAGUUGUGAAAUUAUGGUGGAGUUUCCAGGCAGGGAAUACUUUUGGAUAUGUUGUUAUGAGGUCAUGGACAAAUAUGUUUUUAUACCAGUAACUUCUUCUGGUGGUGUAUCUGUGAAAGAAAAAUAAAAGUCAACCGUC